AUGCUUGAUUUGCUAAUUGGUAAUGACUAUUACCUGGACAUUGUGCAGACAGAAAAAAUCGAAGUUCAGCAAGGACUGUACCUAUUAGCGACAAAAUUUGGCUGGAUGCUUUCAGGGAGAACAGAAGUUACUGAUGAAUACGAUUCUAGUGACAUGAACAUGUUGAUUCUGAACUAUGGAAAUAACGUAACGAAAACAAAUGUAUUCACAAAGGCGGACAGUGUAGUUCCAACAAAACCAGAUACCGAAGACUUUUGGAAUGUUGAAUCUAUUGGAAUAACUACUGAAAGGGAAAACACAGAUGAUCAAACUAUUAUGCAACAUUUCAAGGAUACACUUAAGCGCAAGGACGGGCGAUAUCAGGUUACAUGGCCCUGGAAACGAGAUAUUGAUGAAUUGCCGGAAAAUCGUGGAUUGGCAUUAGGGAGACUGAAAUCAUUAGUUACUCGAAUCGAAAGACAACCUGAACUGAAACAGCAAUACGAUGAUGUAAUUCAAGACCAGCUUGCAAAGGGCGUUAUUGAAAAAGUUGACAGAUGUGCAGAGUACGGAUAUAAACAUUAUAUCCCACACCAUAUAGUUAUCACACCAACGAAAAGUACAACCAAACUUCGAGUUGUUUAUGAUGCAUCAGCGAAGACAAGAGCUGACAACAAAAGUCUGAAUGAAUGCUUAUACAGAGGCCCUGUCAAGCUAAAUGACCUCUGUGGAAUUUUAAUGCGGUUUAGAUUACACAAAACUGGUAUAGUUGCAGUUAUAGAGAAGGCAUUUCUGCAAGUGGGAUUACAACAUUUAGAAAGAGACGUGACCCGAUUUCUGUGGCUCAAGGAUGUCAAUACAUCAAUAGUAAACGAAGACAAUAUACAAGAAUUUCGCUUCGCAAGGGUGCCGUUUGGCGUAAUUUCGAGUCCAUUUCUACUGGGUGCCACUAUCGAAUGCCAUCUGGAUUCAUAUGAAAGUGAGAUGCAUCAAUUACGUAAAUGGACUACAAACAGUAAAUCCGUGAAUGCUUCUAUACCCACUAAAGAUAGGUCAGGGUGUGAAAAGACAAAGGUGCUAGGACACUAUUGGAAUGUUAAAGAUGACACAUUUUCUAUCAAAGCGCCGAUCUUGUUACCUUAA